AUAUUAUUAAAAAAAUUGCGGUAAGAAUGAGUUUCUUUUGCUCGGAAUUAUACAAAUAGCAUGUCACAUCCCAUAUUAUAUAUCUAAAUUUUUAAAAUAAUAUUUCUUACUUACUAACACAAAAUCAGAGAAUUUUUUUUUGAAAACAUUAUCAUAGCGGCCCAACAUAACCUUCAUCUUCACUGAUCAUCAACCUGGUCAACUGCUAAAACUAGUUUUCGUUUUCCAAUUCAUAAAGCAAAAGGAUCAUUAAAUGGAAACUAGCGAGGUCGAUGAAGCCCUAUUUAGUUGCCACAUAUUGGCAAUUCCGUAUCCAGGUAGAGGCCACAUCAAUCCUUUGAUGAAUCUGUGCAAGCUGAUCAUAGCGACACCAAAUGUUGUACUACAAGUCUCUUUUAUUGUAACAGAAGAGUGGUUCAGCUUUUUGAAAUCAGAACCAAAGCCAGAUAAUAUCCAAUUUCGAACAAUUCCAAAUGUAAUUCCAUCAGAAAAGGAUCGAAGCAAAGAUUUGUUGGGCUUCAAGGAAACUGUGUAUACUAAGAUGGAAGCUCCCGUUGAGAGUAUACUUGACGGGCUUCCAAAGCCCAAUGUGAUUUUAGCUGAUUCGUUCUUGCCGUGGGCCGUCCGUAUUGGGGAGCGGAGGAAUAUUCCGGUGGCUUCAUUUUGGCCCAUGUCUGCCACGGUUUUCACCAUCCUUUAUCACCAUCAACUACUCCUGGCAAAUGGACAUUUUGAAGCCAGUUUAACAGAGCAACGAGAAGAGCUCGUGAAUUAUAUUCCUGGGAUUACACCAAUUUAUGUAAAGGAUCUCCCACCUGUGUUCUACAGCAAAGACCGGGAGAUGUUGCCCUUGCUUCUCGAAGCUAUAUCACAAUUGGUCAAUAAAGCACAAUAUGCCUUGUUCACCACCAUUGAAGCAUUGGAAUCUCGAGUAAUUGAGGCUUUAGAAGCUGAAACUCCUUUCCCCAUUUUCACAGUUGGUCCAACAAUCCCUUACUUGGAUACUGAAUUCAAGACUAACCAGCCUAGUCCAAACUAUUUUUCAUGGCUUGAUGAUCAACCUAAGGACUCUGUUCUGUACAUAUCCCAAGGAAGUUUCAUGUCAGUGUCAAAAGAACAGUUAGAUGAAAUUAUAGCUGGCGUGCACAGCAGUGGUGUCAGGACAUUUUGGGUGGUUCGUGAUAAUGCAUCCUUACUUACAGACGGAGUUGGCAACAGGGGAAUCGCGGUGCCUUGGUGCGACCAAUUGGAAGUUUUGUCCCAUCCUAGUGUAGGCGGAUUUUGGUCGCAUUGUGGGUGGAAUUCAACCAAGGAAGGAGCAUUUGUUGGCGUUCCAUUUCUUACGUUCCCUAUUGGCGGUGAUCAAGUUACCAACAGUAAACAAAUAGUGGAGGACUGGAAGAUUGGGUGGAGAGUGAACAAGGAAAGUGAGAAGCUGGUUAAGAAAGACGAAAUUUCUCUACUUGUAAAGAGUUUUAUGGACCUUGACAGCUACCAAGGAAAUAUUAACAAGUUCAUUCGGGAUAUUUCUCGACGCCCGAGGCAAUAAUGUUUGGUUUAUCAACAAGUUACGCAGAAAUUAUGUAUAAACUAUAUAAUAUAAAAAUUAUUUCUGUAGUAUGUUUCAUCGGUUGAGCAAUGUAAUAUGGCCCAAACUUUUGCAGUACUACUCUUUGUUGAAUAAAUAAAGUGGAAAGAGAACACAAACAAGCUGCACUUGGUGAGAACAAGUUCCUGCCUGCUGUUAUUCACAGGCAUCCUGCCAAUGUUUCGACAUGCUGCUUUGGUGGUGGAAAAAAACUAGUAUCAACAACUUGAGUGCAAGAACCAGGUUCCUUACCCCUAACUCAAAGUGGUAAAGAAAAUAAUAUAAGAUUUAUCGCAGAAACCUCCUUUAUUCAAGAGAAUAAAAAUCAUUACGAUUUCA